UGGAAGCUCCCUGUGGGCCGGGAUCGUGUCUGCCAAUUCUUAUCGUAUUGUCCUUUCCCAAGUACAGUGUCCAGCACCCAGGAAGCACACGAGAAAUACCACCGAACGAUGCUCCCUCUCCUCAAAGCGGGGAGAGGUGGAGGAUGGGACUUUGGAUGGAGGGAGCAGGAGUGCCCAUUUCCUCCCUCAGUGGACUCAAGCCCCAGGCCCCAGGCAUCUGUUUAGCGGGCUUCCCAGGGAAGAAAAAUCGGAAGACCAAGACCUGCAGGGAGUUAAGGACAAGCCCCCGAAGCCCAAAAAGGUGAAGAAGGAGAGAAAGGAGGAGAAGGAGGGCAAGAAUGAGCCCCCGCAGCCGUCCGCCCACCAGUCAGCCGAGCCGGCCGAAGCGGGGAAAGCGGAGACGUCGGAAGGGGCCGGGGUGGCCCCCGCGGCGCCCGAAGCCUCGGCCUCCCCCAAGCAGCGGCGCUCCAUCAUCCGAGACCGAGGCCCCAUGUACGACGACCCCACCCUGCCCGAGGGCUGGACCCGCAAGCUCAAGCAGAGGAAAUCGGGCCGCUCCGCCGGAAAGUACGACGUGUAUUUGAUCAACCCCCAGGGCAAAGCCUUCCGCUCCAAGGUGGAAUUGAUCGCGUACUUCGAAAAGGUAGGGGACACCUCCCUGGACCCGAACGACUUUGACUUCACGGUCACCGGGAGAGGGAGCCCUUCGCGGCGAGAGCAGAAACCCCCCAAGAAACCGAAGGCUCCCAAGGCCCCCGGCACGGGCCGAGGCCGGGGGCGGCCGAAGGGCAGCGGCACGCUGAAGCCCCGGGCGGCGACGGCGGCGGCGGCCUCGGAGGGGGUCCAGGUCAAGAGGGUGGUCGAGAAGAGCCCCGGCAAGCUCCUGGUCAAGAUGCCGUUCCAGCCCUCGGCCGGGGGGAGGGCGGAGGGCGGGGGCGCCACCACGUCGGCGCAGGUCAUGGUGAUGAAGCGGCCCGGCCGUAAGAGGAAGGAGGAGGAGACGGACCCCCAGGCGGUCCCCAAGAAGCGGGGCCGCAAGCCGGGGGGCGCGGGGGCGGCCGUCGCGGCCGCCGAGGCCAAGAAGAAAGCCAUCAAAGAGUCUUCCAUCCGGUCCGUGGUGCAGGAGACCGUGCUGCCCAUCAAAAAGCGGAAGACCCGGGAGACGGUCAGCAUAGAAGUGAAGGAAGUGGUGAAGCCUCUGCUCGCGGCCCCCGGCGGGGAGAAGAGCGGCAAGGGACAGAAGACCGGCAAGAGCCCCGGUCGGAAAAGCAAGGAGAGCAGCCCCAAGGGCCGCAGCGGGGGCAGCGCCGCGUCCCCCCCGAAAAAGGAGCAGCCGCCGGUGCCGGCCCCCCACCACCACCACCACCAUCACCACCACCACCACCACCACCACCCUCCGCCCCCGCCGCCCCACUCCGAGCCGGCGGCCAAGGCCGCCCCGCCGCCGCCCCACCCCCAGCCGCCGCCCCCUGAGCCGGAGAGCUCCAGGGACAACAGAAGCUCCCCCGAGCCUCAGGACUUAAGCAGCAAAGUCUGCAAAGACGAGAAGAUGCCGAGGGGGGGGCCGCCCGAGAGCGACGGCUGCCCCAAGGAGCCCGCUAAGACUCAGCCCCCCCAAGCCGCCGCCGCCGCCUCCGCCUCCUCGGCCGCCUCGGCCGCGGCGGCGGCAGAAAAGUACAAACACCGAGGGGAGGGAGAGCGGAAAGACAUUGUCUCGUCCUCCAUGCCGAGGCCAAACAGAGAGGAGCCCGUGGACACCCGGACGCCGGUGACGGAGAGGGUCAGCUGACUUGGAACCGAGCGGAUGUCCGACCGACCGACCGACAGACAGACAAGAAUUAAAGGCAGCUGUUGUCUCUUCUCCUUAUGGUUCUUCCAAAGCAGAGGGCUGUAACCACCAGGGCAAAAACGCUUCUUCCAUCAACUCCACAUUGAUUCUUCCAGGAUUGAGUCUGCCCGAAUUGGAAUUCGAUCUCGAUCAGGUCUGGAGGCUGCCUUGGCUUGGUGGGCGUGGAGAAUCCCAGGAGAUUCAGGGUUGGGGGACCUGGGGAGGAAGGGACCCGCUUUUCAGCUGGAAUCCCGGGGAGUCGGAGAGCGUUCAACCGGAUGUUCCCAAUGCACGUUCAGUAUUAGAGAUUGGGUCGAGUCUGGCCUUCCAGCAUCGUUCUAACAGGUUCCGCUUCCAAAUCCUCCCUGACGUGGGCAGGGAGGGAGGCCGGCUUCCAGUCGGGGCCCGGUGGCGUCUGUGAGGGGGUGAGGGGGCUCCGCCAUUGCUGCUGUUUACCACUACGGGGUGGGUGUCCACGUGUGCAGACGUAUGCGUGUGUUAUGUGUGCGUGUGUAUGUAUGCGUCAUCUAAAAUGUUUUUGGUCAUCCUUACCAUUGAUGUUCGGGAGAUUAUAUCUACAUAUAUAUAUAUGUGUAUAUAUAUAUAUAUAUGUACAUAUACAUAU